AUGCGUGUUGACUGUCUAUCGUUCUUCCUCUACUCUCUGGCCCUCGUGGCCGUCACCGCUGGGCAGAGCCAGGGAGUUACUGACAUAUCCGCCGUCACCUCUGGGGUCGGAGUGCCGACCGCGGGCACGGGCACGUCGACGACCUCGACAACAUCAUCGUCUCAGUCCAAAGAAACCACUUCUACUACUAGUUCUGAAAGUACAAAGUCGACAACAAGCACAUCAACAGAUACUACCUCGACCACUUCCAAGAACGAUAACACUCAGACUACCCCAACCUCGAGUUCCACAACUUCCAAAGACAGCGCUCCAACGUCUACCACCACCUCUGAUGGUACGUCGGCCACUGAGACCAGCGGAACGAAGACUUCCAGUACGAGCGAUGUGGUCAAGACGAUCACCACGACUCACACGAUCAGUGGAACGCCCGUGCCGACCACGUACACCACCACUUCUCCACAGGGCAGCAGCUCGACAGAUUCCCCUAGCUUGAACGGCUCCACCAACAAGGACUCCAGCUCUGGUCUCUCUUCUUCUCAAAAGAAAAUCAUUAUCGGUGUCGUGGUGGGUGUUGGUGGUGCCAUCAUCGUCGGUGCUAUUGCUGUAGUCAUGUGGAGGAUCCGUGCCAGAAGACGUGCUGCGGCCGACAACGACGAGGCUGCCGAUCUCAUGAGUGGCACAGCUGUCGGUAGCGGUGCUCGAGAGAAGGCCCCCAGCCCUGGAGCUGGCGGAACACCAUUCAGAAGUACACUUGACCAAUACCACAACCCUGGUCCUGUUAACGCUGCGUCCAACUUCUAA